UCGUCGAGUUUAGCUUAGCUUAGCCCACAAGGCGCUCACCAACGCCCAUUCCUCGCUCGACACUUGGCAUAAUUUUGUUUUGGUUUGCUAUGCCCUAGAUCUCGAACAUCGUUCAGAAAAACUCUUUUAUAACCGGGAGCAGGCGCAACGCUUCCAGAAGUUUCAUUAGAAGCGUUUCGUGCCUACCAAUUCUGCUUCAACGCCAUAAGAUAAACCCCCCCCCCGGCUCUCUCUCUCGCUCUCUCUCACUUCGAAAAUGGCGGAUUCAGAUACCCAACCUCCAACUGAGACGGUCCAAGAUGAGGAGAACAGGCUUAAGUAUCUGGAUUUCGUUCAAGCCGCGGCGAUUUACAUGAUCGUUUGUUUUUCAACCCUUUACGAAUUCGCUAAAGAGAACUCCGGUCCACUGAAACCGGGUGUUCAGACCGUUGAAGGUACCGUGAAAACAGUUAUUGGUCCGGUUUUCGAGAAGUUCCACGAUGUUCCUUUUGAGCUUCUCAAGUUCGUCGAUCACAAGGUGGACGAGUCGAUGAACGAGUUGGAACGUCACUUGCCGAAUCUUGUGAAGCAGGCAUCGUGCCAAGCCCUGUCGGCGGCUCAGAAAGCUCCGGAAGUGGCUCGAGCUGUGGCUUCAGAGGUGCAGCGAUCCGGCGUGGUGGAUACGGCGUCGAACAUGGCUAAAACAGUCUACGUCAAGUACGAGCCUACUGCCAAAGAGCUCUACACCAAGUACGAGCCAGUGGCAGAGCAGUACGCGGUCUCGGCUUGGCGAGGCCUUAACCAGCUUCCGUUGUUUCCUCAGGUGGCCGGCAUAGUGGUUCCCACGGCCGCAUACUGGACGGAGAAGUACAACGAGACAGUGCGCUGCACGGCGGACAGAGGAUACGUGGUGGCAACUUAUCUGCCGGUUGUUCCGAUAGAGAAGAUAGCUAAGGUUUUUGAAGGAGCAGAGCAUGGGGAAGCUGUGGGCGUGGCAGAAUGAUGGUGGUAAAAGGUUACGAAUUUGUUGCUUUUAUGGUGAAAUGAACUGGUGUCGGUAAUGGUUUGGAAUGUUUUUCCUUUGGGUAGGUUAUGUCCACUGUCAACAGUUGAUAUCAGGUUUGCUAUGUAAAAUUUCAUGGUUGUGGUUGGCACUAAUAGUUUUGGUUGUUUUUUGUUUGUUUGAACUUUUAGUUUGGGGAGGAAAUGAGAUGAAGAUAUCUGUUCUUUUUAA